GCCGCCGCGCUGCGCGAAGGACACGUCGUCGCCUUCCCCACAGAGACGGUGUAUGGGCUGGGCGGCAGCGCGCUGAGUGCGCAUGCGGCGCACAGCAUCUUUGCCGCAAAGGGCCGCCCGGCGGACAAUCCGCUCAUCGUGCACAUCGCCUCGCUCGACAUGCUGGCGCCGCUGCUGCCGCCAGACUUCCGCCUCUCGCCGGCGCUGCACGCCCUCGCACAGCUCUGGCCCGCACCGCUGACGCUCCUCUUUCCCGCCGGCCCGGGCAUUCCGCGCCAAGUCACCGCCGGACAUCGCACCGUGGGCAUCCGCAUGCCCGCGCAUGCCGUGGCGCGCGCCCUCAUCGCCGCCGCAGGCGUGCCGCUCGCCGCUCCCUCGGCAAAUGCAUCCGGUCGGCCGUCGCCCACUACGGCCGCGCAUGUGGCGCACGACCUGGGCGGCGAGCAAGGGCGCCUGCCCUUCAUUCUCGACGGCGGCGCAGCCAGUCUCGGCGUCGAAAGCACCGUCGUCGACGCCAUCUCGGUGCCGGGAGAAGUGCACGUCCUGCGCCCGGGCGCCUGUACGGUGGAUGAUCUGCGCACGGCCCUCGCCGCAGCGGGCGUGCAGGCCAGGCUGCGCGUCUAUGGACAGGCGGAUCAAGCGGCCGAGGGAGCGGUGCUGCGAGAUGUGCAGAUGGAGCAGAACCCCACCACGCCGGGCAUGAAGUAUCGCCACUACGCGCCCGAUGCCAAAGUCGUGCUGCUCAAGCCGACGGCGGGCGCAGCGACGUCACUGCGCGACUUGCUCGAAAGCCUGGCGUCGCGCUCGACGGACGCGCAUGUCGGCCUCAUGCUUCCCUCAGACGGCGCCCUCUCUGCGUCUCUGCGCCAGCUCUGCCCACAAGACGACGCCAGCAGCAGCAGCGCAACGAGCACAUUGCUUGCGCCGCCAGCGCGCCUCGAGCUGUCGGCAGCGCAACACUGCACCCUGCAUCGCUUCGACCUGGGCUCCAUCGCGCGGCCCGCCGAAGCAGCUGCGCGCCUCUUCGACGGCCUGAGGACGUUGGAUCAGCUCGAUCACUGCGACGUCAUUCUCGUCGAGGCCGUCGAGGAGCAAGGCGUGGGCCUGGCAGUUAUGAAUCGCCUCAACAAGGCAGCGGGCGAGCAGGUC